UACAAACAGCUAUUUCCUUUUAUAAACUCAGUUAAUAAUGUUAUUCUGAGAAUUUACUACAUACAAGGCUCUUUACCGCAUACAUGGCAUUGCCUCAUUCAGUCUACUUUAGGAAGUAGGUGCUACAGUUUGUAAUCUAACAUAUUAGGAAAACAAGGUUUAGGGGCUGGGGAUUUAGCUCAGUGGCAUAAGCAUCUGCCUGGCAAGUGCGAAGUCACGAGUUUGAUCCCAGUACCCCCCCCCCAAAAAAAAAAAGGAAAACAAGGUUUAAAAAGAAUAAAUAACCCGAUCCACAUCUCCUUUCCAUAUAAAUUUGGGGGUAGGAGGAGUCUGACUUCACAGUCGAUAUGCUCAAUAUGAUGUGAUGCUGCUCCCUGAGAGGUUGGGAGGGUAAAUCUAGCCAGGCAUCAGCCACCUACCUGCAACCUGUGUGAGAGUCAGUCUGUUCUGGGAGGAGUCUUCAAAGGCAGGGCCACCAUAUGCAAUUCUUCAGGUUGUACAUUGCUCAAGGGCACCUACCUCAUCUGGGAGCUGGCUUUCAUGCUGUAGGUGUCCUCUAACUUACAUGGGAUGCUAUAGGUGGGGAUGGCAGUCUGGAUCUGCCACUAGAAGUGCCAAGUCCCUGUACAGCAGUACACAGAGCUAGGCACCCAUGUGCAUAAGACAGCCCCAUCACAGCCACCCUGCAAGCAUCCUCAGAGUUGUCUAUUCCUUCUUGCCACUUCAGCAGCUUGGUCCUGCCCUCACCUGUCUUCACAGCAGGAGGGAUGCCUGGAGAACAGUGUUAACAUGGGUUGAAAAUGUCCCCGCUCUUCAGAAGGAGGAGUCUUUUUUUAAUUGACUUGAGGAUGCCAUUACAUAUGGGCGUCCUGGCAAGGGUCCUUGACUUAAGUCUCCACCAACCCCAUUCCUCAGUAGUCAGUUCAAGACCAGCAGAGGCAGGAUGAUGACAUCUUUUACAAGGAAAAGAAAGCCCCAUAAACUGUUCCCAUUGGGAAUUACUGGGCCAUUUUUAAGUGUGUCAUUCCUUGGAUAAGCCAUGCUUAUCUGUGUUCUCUUUCCACAAAGAUCAUCACAUUUGUUGAAUUGUUCUUUGUCCAAGACGUGAGCAAGUAACCACCAAGUCAGCCUGUCAAGCGGAAGUCAGUGACCCAGAUGGCCCACACUGCUGCUUCCUAGGAGCUAGAGGAGCCAGGUCAGCCAAGGGGCAGCAACUGCCAGGCAAAUGGCAGGGGAAUUCUUCUCCUGAAUCUUGAAGUUUCUCUUCUCUUCCUGCCCAGGUGGUUGAUCACUUGCUCUGGAGAUCCCUGAGAGAGCUGGCUGAGCCAAGCCUCCUAAAAAGUCAGGGAUCCUCCCCUGGAAGGGACAUGUGGAUCAAGGCGUUUUCCUUGAGACAUCACUGUGACCACUUUGGGGAAGUUCUGUAGGAAUCAGAGACAGUAAAGACAAGCAGGAACCAGGACGGCUUCUUCUUCUACGUAUUAAGCCCCAGUGAGGGGACCUGAUCCAAGCAGCAGAGGGGUGAGUGGCAGUGCCGCGCUCAUCCUCGAUCUUCUGGUGCCAGCUCCUGCUGCUGUCCAGCACACCACACCUCAGCCUAUAGAAAGCGACUGGAGAAUAACCUAGUGCCAGCACCUCCAAGGCUAAGAGCUCAAGGGAUCUUAUCUCUGGACAGAGAUGGAUGGAGAAGCCCCAAGGAAGCCCUGGGAAUGCAAGGUCACCAGCCGGCGGGCAGAGUGGAGGAUGCCCUUCCUGCUCCUCCUCCUCCUCCUGUGUCUGCUACGAGCUGCAAAUGCAUUAAAGGGCCCAAGGCUGGUGUCUGGGGAGCUUGGAGGAACUGUCACCAUCCGGUGCCAUUAUGCACCCCUGUCAAUCAACAAGCACCAGAGGAAGUACUGGUGCCGUGCAGGGCCUCCGAUGUGGGCCUGCCACACCAUCGUGUCCACCAACCACUAUAUCCGCCAUGGCUACCGUGGCCGAGUGACUCUAGCAGACUUUCCACAGAGCAACCUGUUUGUAGUGAGGCUGUCCCGACUGUCUGUGGAUGAUGAGGGAAACUACCGCUGUGGCAUCGGGGACAACAACAACAUGUUAUUCUUCAGCAUGAAUCUGAUUGUCUCUACAGGUCCCUCCAGCACCAUCCCCACAGCCCCUCCAGCAGCUGGCAACUUCUUCACAGCAUCCCCAGCAGCCAAAAGAUGGACUUCAGGAGCCACCCAGACUCUAGAAGUGUGGAGGGCAGAAUGGGACAGAGUUGUUCCCAUUACAAAAACCAGAGACACCACAGCUUCAGCUCAGAGAAGACAAACCCCAGUAACAGCCAAACAGGAAGCUCCAGGGACAGACUGUGCCACAGAGGGCUCCGUUACAGCAACAGCCCCCAUCCCACAGAGUCCAGUUUUAAAACUCCAUGGCACAUCCUCUACAGCAGAGGAAGUUUGGGAAUGGGGUGCUGGAAGCUUAGUCACAAAGGCAACAGGCAUCAGUGAGGGUGGAAAAGAGAUGACAGCCACUAAGGCCAAUAAGCCAGGGGAGCAAAGAGAGAGGGCUGAGAUAGCUGUAGAUGCAGCCAAGAAGACCACAGAGACCACUUGGCCAUCAGCCCAACCCUGGGAAACUCUACCAGAAGCAAGUAUGGUGUCUAAGCAACCAGCCCUGGGCUCCUCUGAAGCAGCAACUCCAGCUUCAGGUCCACACAGAGAGACAGCAUCUAUGGAAGGAGGCACAGAGGGGGACCUAAGAAGCACUGCUGGAGACCAGGGUCCCCAAGCAACACCGAACUGGGGCCCAGUAGCAGGUCUCCAGAGGCCCUCUGGCAAAGGGUCAUCCAGGAAGAGUGCUUCUCCGCAAGAUGAAAGUGGCUCUCGGAUCCUGACUCCGGUCUCCACCAUGCUGGCCCCAUUUCUGCUUGUGGCUCUGGUGCUUUUGCAAAGGACGCUCCGGAGAAAGAGGAGCUCUCAGGAAGCAGAAAGGACACCGAAAGUCACCCUGAUUCAGAUGACACGUUUCCUGGAGCUAAACCUUCAUCCAGACCAGUUGCCCCACAUGGAAAAGGAGAUGUUGCAGAGUAAUCCUCCUCCUUCUCCUCCUCCCCAAUCAGGCCUGACUGUCCUGGUGAGGAGAUCAGGACCCUGAGCAAUGGGAAGAUAAAAGGCUCAGUCAUGAUGGAAGGAGGAGGACCAGAUACCUCUAUGACUCCAACUUCUCACAACCUUCCCCCACUCAUGCUGAGAGAAGCUAAUGAAGUUGGGGCUCCACCUGGAGAAGCAGUUGUAACCAUCUGGACCUGGGAUGACAGUGUGGCUCAAAAAGAAAAGUCUUCAAGAAAGGGCUUACUGAACACCCAGGAAGAGAUCACUUGGGAAAAGUGUGCAAUUUCCAUUCUUGGAUGUCUGAAAAUACAAGACACUUGCAAUCAGCAUGGAAGAUGACUUCUCCACCAUCAUUCCCAGCCCUCACUAAGUGCCCCCUUUUCUGAGCUCUGUCAGUACUCUGCCUGCUGCUCACAUUUCAAUCUAUUCCAGUAUCCCAAUCUUGCCUGCUGAAGUAAAAUCUAAGCUCCUUUAGUGCUCUCAUUGGGUUUUGUCCAUCUCACUAUGUUCGCAUGUCA